AUAAAUUAACCAACCUGUCAAUUUAUCAACCAAUAUCCACUUGACUUUAUUUUUUUUUACUUUGGAAUUUUCUUUUUGUCAAACUUGAACCUGUGUUCGGUUUUGAAACAAAAGACUUCUCUGUUCAUGUUUUUGGUUUUUUUAGAACUAAAAAGAAAAAGAAAAAAAAACAGUCUUGGAUCUGAAAUGGUUUUUUCUUUUGGUUAGAUUUUUAUUUUUUUAAAAUUUUUUUCAUAAUUUGAAAUUAUUAGAACAACAUCGAAUUUUUUUUCUGAACUUGUUUUUUUUUUAAAUAUAUAUAUUUCGAUUGUCUUUUUUCCCUUUUUAUUUUUAAUAUUUUAAUAAUUUAAUGUUCCAAAUCUGACACCCAAAUCAUGAGGAAGAAGCUCGAUACCCGUUUCCCAGCUGCUCGCAUUAAAAAGAUUAUGCAAGCAGAUGAAGAUGUCGGGAAGAUUGCAUUAGCGGUGCCCGUUUUAGUUUCAAAAGCAUUGGAAUUGUUUCUACAAGACCUUUGUGAUCAUACGUAUGAGAUUACUCUUCAGAGGGGAGCAAAGACCAUGAAUUCAUUGCAUUUAAAGCAUUGUGUACAGAGCUACAACGUAUUCGAUUUUCUGAGGGACAUUGUUAGCCGGGUUCCUGACUAUGGUCAUGGCCAUUCUGAUGCUACUGCUGCUGCUGCUGGUACUGAUGAUCGAACUAUUUCGCGGAGAAGGAAAGCUACUGGAGAUGAGGUCAAUGACAGUGAUGAAGAAUCAAAGAGAAGCAGAAUGCAUGAUAUGGGUCAUGCAGGCACCAGUGGCAGAGGGAGAGGCCGGGGACGAGGCAGGGGUCGUGGAAGAGGAGCUCGAAAUGUGGAAAGAGAUGCUCAUCGUGAAAUAGAACCAGAACCCUGCUCAACUCUUCAGCAAAACAACAAAAGUCAUUCAACCUCAGGAAUGGUGAUAGAUGAUGGUUCCGAGUUGAAGGAACCGGUGAAAGAGAACACAGCUGCUGAAGAUGCCAAUCAAGCUGUUCGGAAUUUUGAUCUGAAUGCCGAGGUAGAUGAGAAUGUGGAUACAAAAGCCUCAGCAACUGCUGCUAAAGUUGCUGCACCUGCACCCCCAGUCGGUGUUGCUAGUGCCGCUGCUGCACCAGCAGCGCCAGCUGCAGCAGCUCAGCCUUCUACAGCAGAGCCUACAACAGAGGCCAAACAUGAAGAAUACCCAGGCUGGUCUCUUUCGGAUAUGGACAAGAUAGCUAUCGAUCCUCUUCAACUUGCUCGGCUUGGUGGAAGGUUAGACGAGGAUGAAGAAGAUUAUGAUGAGGAAGGGUGAGUAGCUCGAAACUGGACUCCUAGAAAAAGUAGCGGUUGAGAUCAGAUUAGCAACCCAGUAGGAAAACCCGAAAAUAGUCAGGAUGACCUCAUUGGAGUAUGGAAGUAUAUCCCAUGAGGUCUCUCAAGGGCUCAAAUGGAUUUCUCUUCUCUAUAUCUUUAUUUAUCUGUCACGGUUCGCUUUCUGUUAUAGCAUUUGCUAACAUAACUUUAAAAUGGUAGAUUCUCACAGCCGAAAGACACUAGUCCACAAACCUACUUGUUAUGCCACGAGAAAUUUGCGGUUCCGUAGUGUAA